AUGCAACCAACUUCUACUUCUGCUACUCAAAAGGACAACUCUUCUGAAAAGAAAGACAACUACAUGGUUUCCAGCGGUGUCUGGGAUCCAGUCUGUGUCAUUGCUUAA